AUGAAAUCCGCCACAUGUCUAUUAGUGUUAAGUGCCACCGCCCUCCUAGGUGCAGUGUCCUGUGCAUCGAUUGCUUCCAACUUAGUAGAAGCUGCCACCCCGCGGAUUGCAACCAGCGAGCAGCUGCUGUCAUCGAUCGUGAACGACUGCUUCUACCAGGAUUCGGUGAUGAGUUGCCUCAAGGGCAAGGUACUGAUCUACCUGGACGGUGUACUGGGGCUGCACGAGGAGCAGGCCCGUGCCUUCGAAGUGCAAAAUGUGGAUAAGGUGAUCUUUGACCGUGUCGCUCGGGUUCUUGCCACGCAUGAGUUCAAACUUCAGCUGCCGGAGGACACCGUUGUCAGCUAUCGGGCUGACAAGGGCAUAAACUUGAACUCUCUACCUGUAGGACUUGGCGCGGAAUCCCGUGGUCACUUACUGAAGAAGAAACUACUGCUUCCAGUUCUGCUGCUGCUCAAGCUGAAGAUGAAGGCCCUGAUGCCGAUCGUCGUGGCCCUGAUUGGCCUGAAGGCAAUGAAAGCCCUGAUCCUUUCGAAACUAGCAAUCACCUUGGUUCUUGGCUUCCUGAUUGCUCAACUGGUCAAAAAGUCCGGUCUUGGCAUGCCAAUGAUGUCCAUGAUGCCCAUGAUGCCACCAGCUGCCGAAUACGGCGCCCCUGCUCCGGCUUCCACUGAACCACCAUCCAGCUACAACCCAUCUUCCUGGGAGCCGCAAACCGGAGGACCGUACUCGCGCGUAUGGGAACCAUCGACCUCAUCUUCGUCGCACAGUUUAGCCUACAGCUCAUACUAUCCCAGCUCCAGCAGCAACAGUGGGUCGUCUUAUAGUUCAACAGCCUACAAUUCUGGCUCGGCGGGAUCCAGCUCAUCUCCUUCCUCAUCGUCAUCAUCGUCAUCAUCCACCUCGGCUCAUGCCUACUAG